CUCCCCGUUGAAAUGUUUGAAAUGUGCACAACCCAUGGCAACACGUAUCCUUGCCAACAGUGCGUUGGUUGAUUCCCACCCAUCUGAAAAUAGAGGGGAUGACGUCGGUUUGUCCAGUCUGCGCUACGUAGCACGCCUGAGCUGAGACAGUCAUUAUUGAGUUGCUUUUCAUACCUUUUUGAACGAAUCCGCGCCAACGACACGUUUUUCCCCCUUUACCGUGGGUGCAAUGCCAGCUUGAAUGCACUGAACUGCCCGCGUCGUCAGACGAAAGGUUCAAAGCGGCUGUGCUGCCAACCUCAGACUACCUUUGGGGUUACAGGGAGAAGGUUAAUUCUUGCUGAAAGUUUGGAGACGGAUCUUGAGGAAAUCCAAAGGACUCGUCGCUUUCGACUGGUGUUGCUCACGACGAUACGGUGGUCUCAUGUCCACACUCCUCACCUGGAAAAUGUCCCCUGCAAUCCUGGUUGCAGUCGGUCUUCAACUUAUUGGUGCCGCGUUUUCGACUGCCUCUUCUUGCCAGUGCUUCAUUGGUCAAGAGAAUGAGCCGGCAACCAAUCGUAUGCGAUGGGCGUUGCCCUACAAAAAUCCGUGCAAGUGCUCUUCUGUGCAACUCGGUGGCGUUAACAUGGUGCGGCCCCUACGGCUGGUCCAAGUGCCGUAUGUCGAUGCAUCAUUUCACCUGCCCGAGAUCAGGACGCAAUUCAACUGCAGUAUUAAAUACGGCUGCUCCGAGGAGAAACCUCUUGGCAUGGAGGAUGGGCGAAUCCCUAAGGACAGCAUCACGGCUUCGUCUUAUUUUCGGAAAAGAUCUGAUCACGGACCUGCACGCGCACGCCUCAAUACUCAAGGUGUCGCUGCAGCUUGGUGUUGUGACGAAAUACAGGACCCAGACCAUCCCUGGAUUCAAGUUGAAUUCGAAUCCGAGGUCUACGUCACGGGACUGGUCACCCAAAGCCGAGGUGGUGACAGUAACAACAGAAAUCGCCAGCGAGUUACACGAUUCAGGGUGGCGCACAGCAAUGAUGGUGCAUCUUGGAAAUACGUGACUGGCACUAACGGUACACCCAAGGAGUUUAUUGGUAACAGCGAGAGCGACGACUACGAUGAUCUGGCGACCGCUCGUUUAGGAACGGUGGUGCGCACUAAGUUCUUACGUAUCCUACCCACUACCUGGAACGGCUUCUGCAGUAUGCGCUUUGAAGUGUUGGGUUGCUAUGAAAACUCGACAUUCACCUUUUAUGAGGCAGUUACCAAAGUGCCCCCAAGUACCCACAACUGAUCAUUAGAAAAGCAAAGGCAAUAUAAAUGUUCAAAAUAAGUUGCCAAGGGUAAAAUUAACAUCACUUGCAGACUUGGAUCUAUUUUGAGACCGGAUGGAAUUUUGUUUAUUUGGGUGUACAUGCAUAAUCUGUGUUACGGUGUAUACCGGUAUGUGUCUGUAGACCAUUAGACUUUGGAGUAAGAUUUAGACACGUUGGAGAAUGGUGUCUGUGUGAAUAUAAGAAUCAGCUGCUUGGUUGAUUACUACAAGAUUAUUCCCUGUGAAAAGUAUUUUUUUAAAUCCCAUUGAUACAUCUCAAAAUGUGCUUUUUGAUUCAUAGAUCUGCAGCUUCUAAUUAACGAUGUCGUAAAAUUAAAGUUUUGUUAAAAGUAGCUCACCGUGACACAUCUUGACCGUUGAGCCCAUUUGAAAAAUAUCACUUAGAAGUUUGAUGGAACAACAUUUUUCGAAAGUAUACGUUUCCUGCUCUAAUUGAAUCUUUUAACAGAAAAAAUACAGGUAGGCUAGCUCUAAUAUAUAACAAAUUACAGGAAUUAUUUAUCAACAGCAUGUACCUUGGGCUUGACACUUAUUUUUUUGCACAAGCAUACUUUUGUCCCCUAUUUGGGGGGAAAUUUUGGCUUACAAAUUUAUUGAGUUUUAUAGGUAGUUUUUUAAAUUAUUCAUAAAUAUCUUUGAGAGUCUAGACAUCUCUACUGGUCAAGAGCCCAUCACGUGGUCGGUCUUAAAUGAGUUAAUGCAUAUUUAUAGCAUCACCUCUCAGGAGGGACAUACCAUAACAUGCCAGAGGGGUGUUUAAAACAAGAAGCAAAAUAUUGAAUAAAAUCCUCAGAUAUUUCAACUAACAAAUCAUUGAGGUUUCUAAAUCAAAAGUAUUUGUGAAUGGGGAAAAAUGUGUGCCUAGCCGGUGUUCAGACCUGCUCAGGAGAAUGGACAGUAAUAAGGUAUCUUGCCUUAAGCAGGUCUAAAGGCCGGUUCAUACUUCGCAAAAGCGAUGUGGAUUUGAUGUUACGAAGAAAUUUCCAAUGAAAUUCCACUAGAGUUGAAAUGUAUUCAACUGUUACGAAAUCGCAAGGCGAAUAUUUUUUAUCUGACGUCACAAAUUUGUAUUCGUGAACGUUCGCUUUCGCUCGAAGUAUGACCCGGCCUCUUAAACGAGCUAGCUGAACACUCAUUAUUUUAUUCCCUCAUGCAGAUGUUCGGAGCGAAUACAAAUGGAGGACUGACAAGUAGCUUUAGAGGUCGAUAUAAUGGUGAUGUAUCAGAAAAAAUGGAAAGAGAAUGAAGCUGGCCACAAAGCAGUUCAGUGUACCUGUGACAAAUGUGCGAUGAAAUCCGGGAAUCCAAAUGCGACAGUGGAGCUAUUCUGGGGACGCAAACUCUCUGACAUUGGACUAUCAAAUAUGUUGAUCGGUUGUCAAGCUUAAGUAAAAGGAGUCUCAUAUCCAAUGGUAAAACUAUGAUCUUAUAAUAAAUAAAUCCUAGGUCUGCUUCUUGUUAAUCAGGUAAGUCAUACUCCUAAAUACUGAAGAGUUAAACUACAAUAUUAAACUACAGCAAGAAGAUCAUUGUCAUUGUUCUAUAACUUAAUUAUUCAGGCCUACAUUUAGCCUACACGGUGAAUUUAAACAACCAAUGAAUGAGAUAGCAAUGGCAUCUGCAGCGCUGUUGGCGAUGACGUUUUAGUCUAUAGUCGACCAUUGCAUGCGUGUACUUAUAUAUUCUCAAAUAACCAAGAACGCACUUCAUUUGGUCAAGAGAAUGAGUCGGAGACCAAUCGUAUCCGAUAGGCGUUGCCCUAUAAAAAUCCUUGCCAGCGCGCUUCUCUGGAACUCGGUGGCGUCAAUAUGAUGUGGCAUCCACGGCCGGUCCAAGUGCUGUAUGUCGAUGCAUCCUUUCACCUGCCCGAGAUAAAGACGCAGUUCAACUGCAGCAUUAAAUACGGUACAAAGAAUCAUCCUUUUGUUUAUGCCAUAUGGAAAUGUAGCAGUCUGUUAGUUAACAAGGGAAUUCAGAUUUAUAUUUGAACACUACAUAAAAAGCAAAAUCGGCAAUAUGUAUUAGAUUUAUAUUGUUUUAUAUUAUAUCAUGAUCACCCGAUCACUUUAAUCUGAAGCUCUUCGUUUUCUAAAGAUCAGAACAGAUCACUUAGUUCCGGUUUCCUUUUUUUAUUAUUUGUUAUCCACUAAUUAUACAGUCUGUUUUGAAGGGUAGUCUUGGUUUCUGACUUUCAGUAUAUUGAAGUUAGGGGGUAUUGCAACUUUUUAGUGCAUUAAUAAAAGUUGUGAGUUCAACGCUAAAGCGAU